AUGCUUGCCUGGAACUCUGUCCUCAACCAGUCCGGCCCCACUGAGUUUGUGUUCCACGUAUUCACUGCUGUCCCUGAAUUCCAGGCCUUCCUCUUCCUUCUUUUCCUCCUGCUCUACUUGAUGAUCCUUUGUGGCAACACGGCCAUCAUCUGCGUGGUGGGCACGCACAGCUCCCUCCGCACCCCAAUGUAUUUCUUCCUGUCCAAUCUGUCUUUCCUAGAGAUCUGCUACACCUCUGUAGUGGUGCCCCUGAUGCUCUCCAACAUUUUUGGGGCCCAGAAGCCCAUUCCCCUGGCUGGCUGUGCGGCCCAAAUGUUCUUUUUUGUCACACUUGGCAGUACUGACUGCUUUCUCUUGGCGGUUAUGGCUUAUGACCGCUACGUGGCCAUCUGCCACCCCCUGCACUACACCCUCGUCAUGACCCAGAAGCUAUGCGUCCAGAUGGUGGUUGGUGCCAUGGCCCUGGCACUCUUCCUCUCCUUGCAGCUCACGGUCUUAAUCUUCACGUUGCCCUUCUGUGGGCAUCUCCGGGAAAUCAACCACUUCCUGUGUGACGUUCCUCCAGUCCUGCGCCUGGCCUGUGCUGACACGCGUGUGCACCAGGCUGUCCUCUAUGUGGUUGGCAUCCUUGUACUGACUGUCCCUUUCUUGCUUAUCUGUGUCUCCUAUGUGUUCAUCGCGCUGGCCAUCCUCCGCAUCCGUUCCACUGAAGGCCGCCGCCGGGCCUUCUCCACCUGCUCCUCCCACCUCACGGUGGUCUUGCUGCAGUACGGCUGCUGCAGCCUGGUCUACCUGCGUCCUCGGUCCAGCACCUCAGAGGAUGAGGACCGCCACAUUGCCCUGGUCUAUACCUUUGUCACCCCCCUGCUCAACCCCCUGAUUUAUACUCUUCGAAACAAGGACGUCAAAGGUGCGCUGAAGAAUGUCAUCACUGGCAAAACAGCUUCUGAUGCCCACUGA